AUGCUUCAAGCCGAGUUGACUGAGACUACGACUGAGGAUAAAGUGCGCCGUUUGGUCUCAUUCUUCACCAGCACUCCAUAUGAGGAUAUCGGAUUGGAUUUUGAUCUCACUUCUGGAAUCGAUAAAGCCGAUCCCGAUUAUUUCUUCACAAUGAUGACGGAUGCCAUCAAUAUGCAUUUUGGAGUUGCCGCCGAGCAGGACCAAGUUAGCGAGUCAAAGACUGUCCAGGACCUCGUUGAUAUCAUCAACAGCAAUAAUGUUUAA